CUGGGGAGGAAGAGUUCUACUGCUGCUGCAACACGAAUUUCACAGGACCAUAUUGUGAGACCAGGCUUUAUUGUGAUUCGGACACUUGUCUCAAUGGAGGGUCUUGUACUGAGGGAGAUGAAACCUUCAACUGUACAUGCACUGAGGAAUACACUGGAGACAGGUGCCAGGAAUUCAUACAUCCAUGCACAUUAGAGCCUUGUGUCAAUGGGACAUGUGUAGAGAAUGGUACAGAUUAUUUCUGCAAUUGUACUGAUGGUUUUGAGGGUGACAAUUGUGAAAUAGAAACGGAUGAAUGUGAUUUGGAACCUUGUGAGAACAAUUCAACAUGUACAGAUCUGUUGAAUGAUUAUAGCUGUGAAUGUUCUGAUGGAUUUAAUGGCUCCAACUGUGAAAACAACAUUGAUGACUGUUUGAAUUCCACAUGUCAGAACAAUGCCACAUGUGUGGAUGGGAUCAAUUCAUACACAUGUGAAUGUCCUGAAGGCUUCAAUGGCACAUUUUGUGAAUCCCUCAUAUGUGGAGAAGGUACUUAUGGUCCAGAUUGUUCCAUAGAGUGUUAUGAUACUGAUGACUGCUCUGGGCAUUACAUAUGCUCUG